AUGGACAAUAUCCGCGUGAGAGCGCUGCUCCUGCUCCUCUGCCUCAUCGUGCCACGGGGCAGCAGUCGGCCGAGCAGCAGCAGCAGCAGCGGUAUGCAGCUGCAAUCCCAUUAUCUGAGAGCCAUGACAGCGUACCGCCGCCUGGAGCGCACUCUGCCGCGGCAGGAGCUGCGCGCCCUCACGGGCAUUGGCCUGCUGAAUGGGGCACGGCAGGCGGAGGAGCUGAUGGAGCAGCAACUGGUGGGGGCCAUCAGGGAGCUGUUGCUGCAGCAGGACAGCGAACGGGUGUUGCCCCACAUCGAUGCCAUUGAACAGCAGCUGACGCGGGAUCAGCGAGCCCUCGAGAUCCUGAGCAGCGCCCUGGACGUACUCUCGGACACAAAGGACGAUCACGAGUUCCGGCUGGAGCUGCGCGAGUUGGCCCAGCAACAGCACGAGGAUGAGCUGCAGCAGCAGGAGAUCUCGGCGGACAAUACGGGCGGACAGCAGCCGCAGGGGGAGUUGCAGCUGGAACUGGGGGAGCGACUGGGCCAGCUGCGCAGGCAAAUCCUCAAGCAAGUGCCGCACAUGAAGUUGCAACUGGAUGCAAAGAUCGAGAAGGCGUUGCAGCAUUUGCUGGAGCAGGCCUCCGAGGACGGGCCGCUGGCCAAGGCCCGCCAGAAGGUCAUACAGAAGCGAGCGGUGCAGGACGACGAGGAGGAGGAUGAGGAGGAGCCACAACAAUUACCCGAGGAAAUGCGCAUCAUCAAGUCCAUUCUGUCAGAGGCCAAACAUUUGCGCUUGCAGGAUGACUUCCGUGAGAAUCUGAAUGCCAAGCAGCAGCUGGAGCCUACAGCCGCAACUGGCACCAACGAAGCCCAGGUCCAGUCCGAGGCCCAGGCCGAGACGGAUGAUGAUGAUGAACUGGGAGACAUUGGAGACGAUGGCGCAGCGCCUGCUGCUGGCGGCGGUGGAGGUCUGGUCGGCAUCAUUGGCAGUCUAAGUGGCGGCGAAGGCGGCUCGGAUGUGGGUGCCCUCAUAGGCGCCCUCACUGGCGUCGUCUCCACUUUAUUUGGGCCUGGCGGCCUGGACAUUGAGACGCUGAUCAGCACCUCUACGUCGCUGCUGUCGGGUCUGCUGUCUGGCAACAAGAACUUUGGCACGGUGCUCGGCCAAUAUGUGGGCACUGCCCUCGAGGGACUCUCUGGCGGUGGUGGAGCGAUCAACAAUGGACAAUUUCUGGGCAACUUCCUGGGCACUGUGGUGGCCUCACUAAGCGCAGACCCCGAGGAGGACGGACCACCGCAGCCGCUGACCUUCGCCAAGAGCCUGCUGUCCAGCUUCCUGGAGGCCAAGUUUCGUCCCGCGGAGGCUUCUGAGGAGCGCCACGACAGCGCAGAGCUGCCCAAGCCGCGCAAAAAGAAGGCGCGGGAGGGCGGUGGCGGCCAUCCAGCGGCUGGCUUCGAUUCGGGCGGCUUUGUCAAGCAGGUGGCCUCCCAUCUAGUGAGCAGUGCGCUGGGUCUCUUGCUCAAUGCCGCCCUGGGCGCCUCGGGUGGUGCCUCCAAAGCCUCCACGGGCAUCUUCUCCAGCAGCAGCAGCAGCAGCAGUGGCGGAGGCGGUGGCGGAGGCCACCAUUGGAAGCCAGCGGCCCACGAACGUUCAUGGGACUACGAGGAGCCAUUCUAG